AUGAACUUUAUAGAACUCAGUGAGGCAACUAACAAGUUUAGCACAAACAACGCCCUUGGGUUGGGAAAGAUUGGGGUGAUGUACAAAGGAAUGCUUCCAAAUGGUUCACUUCUUGCAGUUAAGAGGUUACAUGGUUGUCAAUCCUUUGAAAAACAAUUCAUAUGUGAGCUAUUGGCACUGGGUACAAUGAGACACAAUAACAUAGUUCCCCUUUUGGGAUUCUGCAGAGACAGGAAGGAAAAGCUUCUAGUGUACCAAUAUAUAUCGAAUGGCAAUCUUUAUGAUUGGCUACAUGUAAGGGAAGGCAAUGAUAAGAUCUUGGAAUGGCCUUUGAGGAUCAAAAUUGCCAUGGGGAUAGCAAGAGGCUUAGCAUGGCUUCACCAUAAGUGCGAUUUUCAAGUAGUCCAUCUUAACUUGAGUUCAAACUGUAUCUUACUUGAUAACAAUUCUGAGCCCAAGAUAUCAAAUUUUGGAGGGGCAAAAAUAUCAACUUUUGAAGGGGCAAUGUUCAUGGAUUCGAAUGAGACUGACUCAAGCAAUAGCUCUUUUGUAGACCAUGGGGUUUGGGAGUUGGGUUUUAUCAAAAAGGAUGUUUAUGACUUUGGAGCUUUGCUUCUUGAGUUAAUUACAGGGAAUGAACUCAUUCAAAUUGAUAAUUAUCCAAACAGUUUGUGUGAGAGUUUGGUUGAUUGGCUUACUCACCUUUUGACAAGUUCUUGUGACAUCUCUAGUGUUAUUGAUAAAUCUUUGAUUGGCCAAGGAUUUGAUGGUGAAGUCUUUCAAAUCCUCAGAAUUGCAUGUACUUGUCUUAAGCCCUCACCUGCUCAAAGGCCAACAAUGCUUGAAUUGUACAAUACAAUAAGUAUUUUGGGGGAGAGAUAUGGCAUCACUAAUGACUCUGAGAUACUGAGACAAUCUGAAAUUGCUACUGCAAGUACGUCAAAUGAAAUUGUUGAGGUAGAAAUUACCUCGACCAAUUGA